AUGAAGCUCUUCAUCAACAUCCUCCUGGCUGCAGUGGCUGCUCGAGCCCAUUAUACCUUCCCUAGGCUCGUGGUUGACGGCAAGGCGGAGGAGAAGGACUGGACCAUCACUCGCAUGACCAAGAACGCCCAAAGCAAGCAAGGAGUGGAAAGUGCGACGAGUGGUGACAUCCGUUGCUAUUCCUCGCAAACGGCUGGAAGCGUUGCAACUGUUCCUGCCGGGUCAACAAUCCACUACAUCUCAACACAGCAGAUCAAUCACCCAGGCCCAACACAGUAUUAUCUCGCCAGAGUCCCGGCUGGCUCAUCCGCUACAAAGUUUGAUGGAUCAGGCGCCGUUUGGUUCAAGAUCUUCACCACCAUGCCAAAAAUGGACAAGAACAAGCAACUCACGUGGCCAGGUCAAAAUCAGUACACGACAGUAAACGCAACCAUCCCAGCAAACGUUCCCAGCGGCGAGUACCUUUUGCGGGUGGAACAGAUUGCGCUGCACAUGGCGUCGCAGCCAAACAAGGCCCAAUUCUAUAUUGCCUGCUCUCAAAUCCAGAUCACUGGUGGGGGUAAUGGAAGCCCUGGGCCUUUGGUCUCAUUGCCCGGUGCUUAUAAAACAAACGACCCUGGAAUUCUGGUGAACCUGUAUAGCAUGCAGCCGGAUGCCUACCAGCCUCCAGGGCCGUCUGUCUGGAAGAGCUAA